AGGGUACACACUCUGUACUCGAAUUUCAGGGCGUGACACAACUCAUUUAAUCUAUUUAAUUAAAAAUAAAAUCAAUAUCACCAUUUUGCAUAAAAAUAAAAAAUUUAAUAACAUAUUUAAAGCUCUUAAUUAAUAUGAAAUCGAAUCCAUACCAUUAUCUAAAUUACAACAAUGCAACAAAGUUCAAGGUUUUCUUAAUACUUAUAUUAUUUUAUAUUAUGUAAUACACAUGUUUUCAUUUAUGCACAUGCACACAUACAUAGUUAGUAUUUAGUAAGUUCCACCAAACUCAAACCCAACCUAUUUAAUUUUGAGUUGAAAAAGCAUAUCCCAAACUCAACCCAAAUAUAAAAUGGUCAACCCCAACCCAGACUUUCCAGUUGGGUCCAGGUCAGGUCAGCAGGUAGUGUUAAGUUCCAUCACCCCCUGUGCAUUUCUUCAUUUAAAAUCUACCCGGGUUUUGUUAGACUUUAGAAUCAUCACACUUCGGAAGGACACAACCGAAUGAAGUACCAAACCUGAAUAAAAUACAUAUUCUCCUUGUUCAUGUCUUACUUCCCUUGAAACCAAACCCUCUCCAAGAAACAAGCUCCCAUCCCCUUAAAAUCCCAACCUCAAGGAAAACGUAUCAUACAUCUAAAAUCAAGCAAAAACAAGAGUCCUGCAUUCCUUUGUUUGUGGCCAAAGAUGUCGAGAGCUGAUGUUAAUGACAAUGCUAGCCACUGCUUUGCCACCAACAAGCGUCCACAUACGCCCGGGAAGGCGGCGAUUUUGGCACUUGGCAAGGCAUUCCCGAAACAGCUCAUCCCCCAAGAGUUCCUUGUCGAAGCCUACUUUCGCGACACCAAAUGCGAGGAUGGGGCAAUGAAGGAGAAGUUGGAACGCUUGUGCAAGACCACCACUGUGAAAACAAGGUACACUGUCAUGUCCAAGGAGAUCUUGGACAAGUACCCUGAGCUGGCGACGGAGGGCUCGCCAACGAUCAAGCAGAGGCUGGACAUAGCAAACACCGCUGUCUUAGAGAUGGCAGUCGAAGCAAGCUUGGCCUGCAUUGAGGAGUGGGGACGGCCUGCGACGGACAUCACCCACGUCGUUUACGUGUCCUCCAGUGAAAUAAGAUUGCCUGGAGGGGACCUCUACCUAGCCAGCCAGCUUGGGCUGAGGAGCGACGUGGGUCGUGUGAUGUUAUACUUCCUAGGGUGUUAUGGAGGUGUCACUGGCCUCCGUGUUGCUAAGGACAUCGCAGAGAACAAUCCCGGCAGCCGCAUCCUGCUAACAACCUCGGAGACGACCAUUCUCGGCUACCGCCCGCCGAACAUGUCACGUCCAUAUGAUCUCGUGGGGGCUGCGCUAUUCGGCGAUGGCGCUGCAGCGGUUGUGGUGGGGACUGACCCACUUACAGCCAUCGAGAUGCCAUUCAUGGAGCUGAAUUAUGCAGUGCAGCAGUUCUUGCCAGGGACUCAGAACAUAAUCAACGGGCGCCUGACGGAGGAGGGCAUAAAUUUCAAGCUGGGGAGAGAUCUACCACAGAAGAUCGAAGAUCACAUCCAAGAGUUUUGCAAGAAGCUUAUGAAGAAAGCUGGUUUGAAGGAGUUCAACGACUUGUUUUGGGCCGUUCAUCCGGGUGGGCCAGCAAUUCUGAAUAGGGUGGAGAGUAACCUGAAGUUGAGAGAAGAGAAGCUGAAAUGUAGUAGGAGGGCGUUGAUGGAUUAUGGGAAUGUGAGUAGUAAUACAAUAUUCUAUGUGAUGGAUUACAUGAGAGAGGAAUUGAAGAGAGAGGGUGGGGAGGAGUGGGGCCUGGUCCUGGCAUUUGGUCCAGGCAUCACUUUUGAAGGCAUUCUUGUUCGUAGCCUAUAAUGACAUGCAUGUAUGCCUACUUUUCUUCACAAAGACAUGGAUUUUGGGUUUGUCAUACAUCAUGCUGAUAUAAGUGGUUGUGAUCAUUUCAAAUUGUGGAGAUGGGUGUGUUUUGGCCGUUGAGUAAAUGGGUCAUCUUGCUUUUUCCUAGUGAGUAGAUGGAUGUUAUAAUCUCUCUCUCUCCCUCUCUCUUGUUAUAAGGCCAUGUAGUGCAUUUUGAAGA